GUUAUUGUCGCCUUGUCAAAGUCGCGUUGACGUUCGGCCAAUGUUCGCAAAAAAUUCCUCAUGAUACCUUAACAAUCUACCAAGAUGCGGAAUCAACCUCAGACAGCGCUAUCAUCUCACGUGACCCUCGCCACGGCGAGGAUGUCGAAUCUGAAAUCGACGGAGGGUUUGCGCAAAGUUUUCGCCACCCCGUCGAUCGGAUCGCUGGCGCCGCUGCAGUUGGACACUCGGCGGAUGUCGUCCGCGCACACUAAUCUGGGCGUGAAGAAGUUGAAGAACGCGCAGGUCGAGGUCCUCAAGCAGGAGCUGACGGAGUGUUGUCUGACGCACAUGCAGGAUUCGUACCGGGUGCACUUGAACCGACUGCAAGGGGUGCGCAUCUUGGACGCCUUGAUCGCCAUGACCACGAUCAGCAAAAUCGGGGCGGAGUUCGCCAUACACAUGGUGUGGGCGGCGCUUAGUUGCAUCCACCAUUUCUUGUUGAGGCUGCGCACGGAGAACGGGUUGUUGCAGUGGUUUAGAAGGAGGCAGGCGCGGAAGUCGAUUAAGACGUUCGAUAGGUUGCUGAUGUUCCUAGUCCCGGUGUACUACUCGAUCGUUUUUAACGCGGUGAUGACGUUCUUCGAGGAAGCCAACAUCUGGGAAGUUGAGUACUUUUGUUCGAAUCUUAUCGAAAGGGUGUUGGGGAGCACCGACGACAAGCACCGCUACGAAUCCAUCAACGAGAUCAUCUCUCUGAUCGAGAACACCACUCUAACCAACCCUUUAACGUCCCGACAAAUCCUGCAAGUCCUUUUCGACAUCGCCGACGCGCAGCACUGGAAAUGGAUCGACGAGGGUUUGCUGAACAAGUUCCUGGAAAUGUACUACAGCAGCUUGACCCCCGAAGACAACCACCACUACAACUACGAGUCGUUGGAGAAAGGUCUAGAGACCUGUCUGCGAGCCAUGGGCCCGAAUUUCGACGACAACCAGCUGCUCUUCAUGAUCUGCUGGAUGUUGAACGUGGUGGCAACCGAGCGAAUCUCAGACGACAACCUCCUCACUUUCGGCAGUCUUUUGGAACACAUCGCCAACUUGUACACCGAGAGAGCGCCGAAGCGGCCGCUCUCCGAGCGAGUUCUACCGUCAGUUUUGAAGACGAUUUCGUCGAAUAACUUGCUGUAUAGUCUGCUGGGUCACCGGAUACUACACAGCUUGGUGGAUAGGUGCAAGAACAAGCUGAUUUUCGACUCGCCGAGGAUUUUCUUGAGGAACUCGCGCUACAACUUGGUUUUGAACCAGUUCUCGAAAGCGGAUAAGGCGUUGUUCCAGAGGUACAGGGAGGCUUUGCAUAAGACGACGGUCGACUCGAUGCUGACCCACGGAGUUCACAAACUGUAUUUGGAGAAUACCUACAUCAGCAUCGCGCUUUUCAUGGUGGAGAUCCCGUGCGCAUACACUGCGGCUGCCGGGGUGUGUCUUUCCAUGGCCCUCCAAGACGCAGCCCUCGAUAGUAAAAACAUACAGAUGACUCAUGCUCACCGCCUUCACGCCACCGUGGUCUCUUUAAUGUCAUUGAUCUGCUACAUCCACAGAGCUGAAGUUUUCUACGACUACGUAGAGACUAUUGUUGACAGACGGGCGAACUUCGCCCCUCAUUUAAACCCGCCCUUGAUGCUCAAGUAUAAGUACGCCCAACACCACGUGCUUUGGAAUAAGCCUGAGUUGUUCUUUGAGGACUGGGAGACGAGGUAUGGUUUAUGGCGGUGUUUCAAGAAUCAGGAGAAUAUCGUGGUGGUGCAAACAGCACCGACAAAUCUACCGGCCCCAAGUACCUCUGGAAUAGAGAAGUAAGUGUAGAAGUGGCGACUGUAUUGUUGUGUACUAGCUCACGUGUGGUAAUAAAGGUUUAGAUUGUU